ACGUAAAAUAAAUGAACAGAGCUGACAAGUGCUGAAAAUAGAAAGGAGAUGAAGUGAUCUGUGGAAAAGUAAACUGAAAUUGGGGAAAUAAUGACACAACAUAAUCUAUUGGACUGAAAUUCGAAGUAAUGGCUAGGGUUAGAAACUGUUGUUCCACUUCAAAACCGGCUAUUUGGAUCUGGUUAAUCUCUGCAAUUACCUUUUAUAUUCUCUUCCUUAUGGCUACCCGCAAUUCUACAGAAUGGUCUAUCUCAAAUGCGGAGCAGAGGUCUAGAUUGUAUGAAAAGAUGGAGAAAGACUUGGAGGAUCACGGAGCUGCUUUCCUCAAACAAGGAGAAACUACUCAAUCACUUUCCCUGUCAGAUCUGUUUACUCUCAAAGACGGAGUGGUCACUCCUGUACUCAAGGCUGCAAAUCCCCCUGUGCGAGCAAGUGUUUUGUAUCUCAACCCAGAGUAUUCUGCCCCUAUAACGGAAGCUGUGAGAGCUAUAUUCUCGCCACAUUUCGAUAAAGCAAUUUGGUUUCAGAACUCCAGUUUAUAUCACUUUAGCAUGUUCCACGCUUCCCAUCACAUUACAGCUGUCCCUGCUUCUGAAUCAGAGAUUGAAGCUGAAGCAAAUGCUGUUAGAGCUGUUUCUGAGUCAAUCUGCCCUCUAAAAAUUGCCCUAGACCGAGUGGUUCUGACAUCAACUGGGGUGUUAGUAGGUUGUUGGCAGGUGGACUCUGGAACUGAUCCUGUAACUAUCCGACAAAAAUUGAGAAAUGCUCUCCCACGUGCACCUGCAAAGCAACUUUAUGAUGCUGUAAUGCUUCAUACAUCAUUUGCCAGGCUUCUGGGACACCCUAGCAAUUGGCCUGAGGAAGCAAAUAAGCUCUCAGAACUCCAAUUUCUCCGUGAGCUCGUGAAUAGAUUAAACAACAAAAUCCGUGGCAUUAAGGCAACGGUCGGUGAGCUCUGGUAUGUUGAGGAGUAUGACAUAUUAGCGCUUGCGUUGAAUGGGAGAAUGAAAGUCCGCAAGUUCCAGCUUGGCUGUUCGAAAGUGUGAACCAAUCUAUGAGAGUAGACGAUUGAACCUCUCACUGGUCCCUAUAUGGCAGCGAAGUUGUUCACCUAUUGAUGGGAUCAUACGAACUCUGAUGUACAGCUUAUUCUCCUCCACUAUAUAUAAAGGAGCGCUCAAAGUUGGAUAUUACAGUGUAUUGCUUGCUCUGUGAGCAUUUCUGCAUGAUACGUGAAAAUUAUAAGUCUGUUGGAAGUACGCAGUAAUUUAGAAAAAGUGACGGUCUUUGGUGUAGAAGUUAAGAUGGGAAGAGAAAAUCGAUUUCUCUCCCCAAUUUUACGAUCUCUGGUCUCUCUA